GUCCUCAGAGCGCGUGUGGGCGGCCCGGGUGGCGCCCACCUCCUCUCUCCCGCCGGUACACCAACUCGGCCCCGGGAUGUUGCUCCGGCCCAGGAGGCCGCCCCCGCCUGCAGCCCCCGAGCUGCCGUCGCCGACCAGCCUUGACUCCGAGGUUGAGUCGUCUGGGGGCACCCCGGAGACUCCUCCAAGGAGGCCCUCCUCACCCAGCGCACUGGCAGACCCCACGGAGCUCGUGAAGCCGGUGUCCCCACGCUCGGCGCAGCACUCCACGCCGUUGCCCACCGCUCGCGACCCCGAAGCAGACCCCGCCUGGACGCUCAGAUUCAGCCCGUCCCCACCAAAGUCUGCGGAUGCCUCCCGUGUACCCGGCUCCCCGCGAGCCCCUACCCCGACGUCCCUCUCCACCUUUCCUCCCGAGCCCGGCCGCCCCGAGGACCACGCUCCCUCCCGCGCCCUAGGCUCUGCGGCAUCACCUGCCCGCGACCCAGUCCAGGAAGACCCGUCCUCGCCGCCCCGCCGCGCGGAAGACCGUGCACCUCCGCAAGCUGCGCCUUCGACGCUGAACGCCGCCCUGCUGCAGACCCUGGGGCACCUGGGCGACAUCGUGUCCAUACUGGGUCCGCUGCGCGACCAGCUGCUGACCCUGAACCAGCACGUGGAGCAGCUGCGUGGCUCAUUCGAUCAGACCGUGUCCCUGGCGGUGGGCUUCAUUUUGGGCAGUGCGGCCGCCGAACGGGGUGUCCUAGGGGAUCCUCGCGAGUGAAACCCGGCCUACUGUCAGUCGCGCUCUGAAACGGAGCCUCCCUCUGCCUUAACCCGCCUGUCCCGAUC